AUGAAUUUCAAUCAAAUUUUGUCGGUUGCCUUGUUUGCCAUUGUCAUACAAGAAUCUUUUAAAUCUGCGGUUUCCAUCGAAACGAUUACUAAAUAUUCAAAAGUUUUCGACGAUUAUUACAACGACAGCAACAGCAGCAACGACAGCACCAACAACGAUAAAACGAACACGGAAAAAACCACAACCGAGAGAAAUUUCAAUUAUACGAUUUUGCCUUUAAAUGACACGACAGAAGAAUACGAAUAUGAUGAUUUCGACGAUUUGCAAGAGGAACAAUCACCACCAUCACCCAUGGUUGACAUUCUUAAAUAUUUCGGAGGAUUAGUGAGUCUCGUAUCGCUCAUAAACGAUUUCAACGGAGGAGGACUCGUCGGCGAAGAACAAUCCAAACAUGAAAAACACGUUAGAGACGUCCAAGAGUCAAAUCCGGAAGAAAAAAAAGAAGACAAAGUUCAAGCGACCGGAAAACAAUUUUACGAAUCUCAAGAUAGAUUCGAUUUCCCGCAGAAAAAAUUUAAAAAACCUUCGUCGACGAAAAUCAACACCGGAAAUCAACAACAAUACCAAACUUUGGAAAAUUAUCCACCGUAUAAUCCUUUGACGGCAAACGCGGCGGAAACUUACAAUGGCGACGAUAAGAAAACAUCUUACGAUGUUUACAACACCGGACAACAAUACGAAUCCUUGAACAACGAUGGCGGAAAUUCUUGGGACGAAGUACAUCCGGUUUAUCAACCUUGGAUGUCGAAACCUCAAGAAAAUAACGACGACGGUUUACCCUCGUCGAAUUCAUAUCAGUGGCAACAAGACGAUUUGAAACUUGGAUCCGAUGGAACGCCGGAAACUCUGGUACAUUCCGCUUCUCUUCAGCGUUUAUUUCAUAAUAUACAUCGGAGCUCUCGUAUUGAAAUCCGUUGCAAGACAUAA